AUGCCGCGCCCGCUCUUGUUCCGCCUGCUGGGAGUCUGCCUGCUGCUGAGCCAGCUUCCCAGAGAGCUCUCAGCCCAGCAGUCAAGCACUGUGAAGAAGCUAUGCGGCCACGAAUUAGUCCGCGCCCGGAAGGAAGCCUGCAGCAAGACCCACUGGGGAAUGGGUGGCAGCAAGGGCAAACCAUCACUGAAAACCCACGAGGCUCCAGAUCUUGAGCCAUCCUCCAUCAAAAAAGAUGCAAAAACCACAAAUGAGUUUUUGGAAUUCACUCCUGAUAUUCACAAGAAGGUGACGGAAAAUGAAAAAUUUAGUAGAAAGAACCCGAAGAUACAGAGUGAAGCAGAAGACAACAGCCUUCCAGAAACGGAAAGCUUAAGCUUGGAUCAACAUUCCCGAAAAAAGAAAAUGCUAAGUAAAUUAUUGCGUAGGAAGUGUUGUAAGAAAGGUUGUACCAUGAAAGAGCUUUCGAGAGCAUGCUGA